AAGAUGAAACGAAGCGCAGCAAAAACCCUAAAACCUCUCUUCACCUUUUUGCUUACACACUCUCUUUCGCCACUGCUCCCGUAGUCCCGUGCCGGCUCUCCUUCGCUCUGGGCUUCUCCGACGAGGGGCCUCGUUAGCCCCUUGCUCUCCUCUGCUUUCGCUUCUAUAUUCAUUCUUUUUUUACUUUUUUGUUUCCCUUCAUGCAUCUAUGCAUCUCGCUCUCUUUAGCGAUCGGUUCUCUUCUCAAGAACCUGUGGCGAUUUGAUUGAGCUUCUUGCUUGUAAGUGUUUAUUGUGGCUAAGUACCAGUCUGGAAAUUAAAGGGUAUUUUUUAAGCUUUAAUUCCCCAACAAUGACGGUAACCGGGGCUGUAGUGAAGAGGUUAAAGAUCAAAAUCUCCAGUAAAGGAGUUCGAACUCAUUAUGAAAGAGAUUCUCAGGAAAAUGUACAGAGUCUACAGAAUUCUGUGGAUGCUGUCAAGAAGCCUGAGAUGAAUUUAAAGUUCAAACUUCCUGUACCGGCCAAUUCGAAUAAGCGUGGACCUCAAGGCACACUAGAUGGUGAAAAAGGAAAGCGGCAAAAAAUGGACCGGAGUAUAAAGCAACAGUGUGGAACCAUUCUCCAAGCGCUGAUGACUCACGAUAAUGGGUGGCCAUUCCUACAUCCUGUAGAUCCUGUAUUUUUCAACAUUCCUGACUAUUUUGCGAUUAUCACUAAACCUAUGGAUCUGGGGACGGUCAAAUCAAAGUUGGAAGGCAAUAUGUACUUUAGUGUUGAGGAAUUUGCUGCAGAUGUGCGCUUGACGUUUGCUAAUAGCAUGACAUAUAACCCUCCCACCAAUCGAUAUCAUACUAUGGCAAAGGAAUUAGAUAGUCUUUUCAAUAAACGAUGGAAAUUGAUGGAGGCGAAGUGGAAAAGUAAGAGUGGAGGUGCUGAACAGGGUUGUCUGCCAAAUCGAAGAGGAAAAGAUUUUCAAGAUAUGAAUAAAUCUUGCUUAAAUAAAGCACCAUUGCAUGUUAACCCGGUCACAAAGAGGUUGAUGCGAAUUGAGGACAAAGAGAAGCUAAAGAAUGAGCUUCUUGAGCUAUUAAGAGGAAAGGUGGUUGAUAAUAUGCAGAGCACACUCCAAAAGUUUGGAUUGGGAAAAGAAAAAUUGAAUGUUGAGAUUCACACAUUGGAUGAUGAAACUUUAUUGGAGUUAAAGAGGGUAUUGGUGGCAGCUUUGGAUGCCGUGGCUGCAAAGGCAGAAUCUGCAGAAGGGAUGCAUGUUUUUUCUGCGAAAUCUAACCACAAAGUUAGCUUGGUUGAUUCCCAGUAUGCCUCUAGCGGUAACAGUCAGCGUAGAUGCUACAAACAAAGUGUCUGUUCUGCAGCAUCUUCUAGAGAUCUAUCAUCCAAAAGAGUAUCGGAAGAAGUACAGUGCACUUCCUUGAAGUUGGAUGGGGAAAUGAAGUCUUCAUCAACAGGGAGCCAAUUAAUUUUCGAUGCUAAUGGGGCUGGUUCGCAAAAGGAAAAAGAAAGUCCUAGCUCUGAUCAUUCAUCAUGUGCCACAACUACCACCACUGGUGAAGGUUGCACUUCACUUGCUGAUGUUCAGCUUUCCCCAACUAAGGCUCGACGUGCUGCCAUGCUGAUGAGCCGUUUUGCAGAGACUAUUUUCAAAGCAAAACAUCAAGUGCUUGAGCCACAAGGUGAUACAGCUAACUCACUGAAGCUGCAGCAAGAGAGAGAGAGACUGCUAAAGCAGCAGCUUGCAGAGAAAGCUAGGAUUGAAGAACAAAUUAGAGUUGCUGAAGAAGCUUCACGCAUGAGGGCAGAAGCUGAAUUGAAAAUCCAAAGGGAGAGAGAAAGGGAAGCUGCCAGAAUUGCAUUGGAGAAGAUGGAAAAAACUGUUGAAUUCGACGAUAUUAAGAAGAUAAUGAGAGAGCUGGAGAGGCUGUGUGGAUGUCCAUACCCUGAUGACCCACUUGGCAGUGGAUAUGGGGUCAAUUUUUCUUUAUCAAGAAAGCCGCUAGAAAGGCUUGGUUUGUACAUAAAGGACGACCUUCUUGAAGAAGAUGAUGAUGAAGCAGUUUUGAAUGGAGACGGCGAAGAUGGGGAGAUCCUAUAAGAGGAUUACAGUCAUGUCUUGUUUUGUUCUCUCCUCUUAACCUCUCUGCUGGUUUGCAACUCUGAUAUUGAGACUUGAGAUGUGAAAAGAAUAUGUAAAUGGGGUUGUAUAGUUAUUUGGGGAAAGUGGGAUAUAUAUAAUAUUUUUGUGGGAAUUCCAACUCUGAAAUUGCUACUCAAAAGUGUAUUCCUGCUUUUCUAAAAAUGCUGGCUGGGAUGGAUGGAUUGAAAUGACACUUAGGAGUUGAAAGAUAGAUAGUAUAAGGAAUGGAAUGAGUUUUAGGAGUAGAAAAUUUUUUGUAAAUUGCAUUUUGUAAAAAUAUAAAUGACAGAUGUCUAUUGUCCAACA